UGAAUUUGUUAAUCAGGCAGUGGAAAAAGAACUAAGCCAAACUGAAAAGCAAGAGAAAGAACAAUUAAGAAAAAAAUUAAUCACCGCCUAUAAAAGAAUGGCAAAAAAUAAAAAACUGCAAAAAGAAUUAAAAAUAAUGGAAGCAGCCUCCAUUAGUGACAUAGGCAAAAAAUUAGCCGCAGAUGAUCGCAAACCCAUUCGUCCGGUCUUAGUUAUUAGUGAUGAUAUCCAAAAUGAGUAUGAUGAGUGGAUAGUAGCAGUUCCUUUUACUACCGAGGAUAUUAAGCAGGUUGAACCUUUUGAGGUUUAUGUUGAAAAUGCCAAAGAAAAUGGCCUAGAUUAUCCCAGUAAACUUCAAUUCAAUUAUCCUUUUACGGUGGAUAAAGGAAGAUUGAAAGCAUGUUUAGGAAAGGCUAGCAGGGAAGUAAUGGAACAAGCCAAAAAGGCUUGA